CUACAAAAUGCAAAACUAUCAUUUCACAAACUGACGCAUCGAGAUAGGUCACUUCGUGAAACGCGUAAACAACGCUGUCAGUUUUCCACGAAGUGACUUAUAGAGUCUGGUACCUGGACUUAAUAUGGUCCCUAUCACUUUCUUAUGAAAUUGAGUUACUAGGGGCCAGUCUUUAGCGUUAUCAGAAACAAUGGCGGUGUACACAUGUCGUUUGAUGGCUGAACGAAACUAGCAAGUUUCAACCGAGUUUCUGAUUCUGUAAACGUCUGUCUCAACGCGUGACAAGGAAAGCGAAUGAAAAUGGAGAUUGCCAAAAUCUUUCUUGUUUUGAUGGGAGUGGUGGCACUGAGUGAGUGCCAGCGAUCCGCAUCCAUCCAAUGCUUUCAGUGUAACACAGGGACGACCGGAGAGGAAGACUGCGCCGAUCCAUUCGACGCAUCCAUGCAAGAUAAAUACCGAAAGGGAUGCUCAGCUGGCGCCGGUAGCAGAUCCACUACCUGCGUGAAAAUAGUGACGGGGUCGACGGUGAUGCGAAGCUGCAACACUCCAGUGAACGCUUCGUGUGGGGAGCCUGUGGUGGAGAACCCAUCGGGCACAUUCACCUACUGCUGCACUGGGGACUCCUGCAAUUCGGCCGGCCAGGUUGGCACGAGCGUCGCGCUCGCUGCUGUAUCGAUGCUUCUCGCCAAUUUCAUGUUUCAGCUGUAGAAAAGGUUGCAGGCUGUUACAAUAAUGUAGUAACCAACGAAUAACGUAUCACCAACCGAUAAUGUAACAACAAGAAUAUGUACAUGUAUCGCUAACCGAUAAUCCUAUAUGUGUGUGCUGUCUGUCUGUCUGAUAUUUGUCUGAAUGAUGUCUCUGUGUGUCACGUCUAUUUGUAAAAGGCCUGUGUGCGCAAGCACAAAAUGCAAUGGCUAAUGGAAAGGCUUGUAUUAUGGAGGUCUUAACUCGUACAAAUGUAUAUGCCCAAAUUUCACUGUCCUCUGAAAUCAUGGUUGUCACAAGACAAAAUGGCACAUUUGUUUCUUUCAGACUUUGCAUAGUUAAAUAUUACAACAUAUUUAUCCAUAUGAAAACACUUGAAAACGUUUCUUUAAGACUUUGAAUAGUUAAAUACAACAACAGUAUCUCCAUGAAAACACUAAAAAUUACCUGCAUUUCGAAACCUGACUGCGUAUUGAACCCUUCUCUCCUACCCCUCCCCCCUGCAAACAGGGCGCUGCAACCUCGUCCCAAGUGCUUACUUUAUUUCCAACCUCGUUUCCAAAAGCAGGUAGUGGUGGGUGCGUACUGCUCGAAACCCUGGGGACGAGGUUGAGGGCGCUGGGACUCACGCUGAUGAGCCUUUCACGAAAUCUUGUAAAGAAAAGAGGGGAUGGAAUUCUGGGUAACUUAUCAUGACCUAUGUAUAAAGCAUCUGGCUGCAGCUGUUUAAGACCGCAGUUAGCCAAUGCGCGCAAAUACUAUCCGAAAACUUUCCCAUAGAAAUGCAGACAUUCCAUACCGGAUGUGAUUUCUUGUUCACUGCGCAUUCGGACCAUGUGGACAAAUUAAGAGCGUCGCACAAUGUGCAAUCAUUCACUUCGUGAAUUCGAAACGGAGCCUGAGCAAGUGAUGGGAAUUUCAAAUUUACAACACAGAUACAUUUUACAGAUUUUCCUACAUUAUCACGCUUUUACAAAAGCAUUUAUGAAUAAUUGGAAUAAAAGAGUGAUGACUCACUCUUAACGGACGUUUGAAACCUUGCAGGGUCGUGGCCGUGACGACUUGCAGGUCACAGGUCACGCAAAAUAUAUCCAAUCAGAGC